GGUUAUCCUUUUCGAAAUAAUGAAUAAAAUAUUGUGGAUCACAUUUGUGACCAUUUAUAUUAGUUACGUUCAAAGUGCUGUUAUCGACAAAGAUGAAUUUGUCACAGUUGAGGAUAAUCCUUACCAGAAUGUCAAUGAGAUUGCCAACCCAGACGUAGAAAGUGCAAGAAACGAAAGAAUACUAUGGCCUUAUGUUGCGGAAAGUACGACUAAACCUGAAAACGAAGAAAGUAAAACUGAUGAAAAGGAUAUCAAAGAUGUUAAACCUAGAGAGAAAAGGUUCUUGCACUGGUCAUAUCCACAAAGUCCCAUAGUCGAUAUGAUGAUGCAAACAAUGUCAGUUAAUUAUUCUCCCAACGUAGCGGGAGAUCCUUUCGAUUUCCUACGGGAUUCGUAUCAAUUGCCAGAGGGUAAACUGUUGGAAGAGUAUGAUUAUAUAAUAGUCGGUGCUGGCACUUCUGGGUCAGUUCUCGCAGCGCGGCUUACUGAAGGCAAACCUAAAGCAACUGUUCUGUUGCUUGAAGCUGGCAAACCUGAGAUGCUGCUAUCAGAUAUACCAGCACUUGCGCCAUAUAUCAAACUAACACAUUACGUGUGGCCAUAUACUAUGGAACAUCAACCAGGAGUGUGCUUGGGUAGUGAAGAACAGCGUUGUUACUCACCCCAAGGCAAAGCUGUAGGGGGUAGCAGUGUCGUUAACGACAUGAUUUACUCCCGCGGUCGCCCUCAGGAUUGGGAUAGAAUCGCUGCCGACGGUAACUAUGGAUGGUCUUACGACGAAAUUCUACAGUAUUAUAAGAAAUCGGAGCGAUGCGAACUAAGGAAAUACAAAAACGCUACGUACAGUGGACGUGAUGGCGAGCUAACGGUCGAGAAUGUCCCGUUCAGGACUGGUCUAGUUGAAGCUUUUCUCGCAGCGGGACGAUUGCACGGCAACCCGACAAUCGAUUACAACGCACCGGAUCAACUCGGAUUUGGAUAUGUUCAAACAACACAAAAUAGAGGACAUAGACUGAGCGCCGCUAAAGCUUUCUUACACCCUCAUAAAAGAAGGAAGAAUUUGCACAUACUAACUGAUGCUAAAGUAACUAAAGUUGUAAUUGAACCUCAAACCAAAAGAGCAUAUGCGGUUGAGUAUCUUAAAAAUCACAUCAAGCACACUGCGCGUUGUCGUAGAGAAAUCAUUCUAGCAGCUGGUUCUGUAGGUUCACCACAACUGCUAAUGUUGUCAGGCAUCGGGCCAAAAGAAAAAUUAGAUGUACUAGGAAUUCCCGUAAUCAGUGAUUUAAGAGUUGGAAAAAGUUUAUACGAUCAUAUAGCAUUCCCGGGAAUAGUGUUUAAAUUAAAUUCAAACAAUGCCAGUUUACAAGAAUUAAAAGUUGCUACACUCCCAAAUCUAAUGCAAUGGUUACAAUUCGGGGAUGGCUUGAUGACGACACCCGGUUUAGUGGAGGCUGUAGGUUUUAUAAAAACUUCGCAUUCUGAUGGCCAAGUACCAGACGUAGAACUACUUAACUUGGGUGGCUCUAUAGUUUCAGACAAUGGUGGUGCAUUUAGAAAAAGUUUGAAAAUAUCAGACAAGACAUACGUAACUGCAUUCAGUGGUCUCCAUGGUUCUGACACUUGGUCCGCUAUUCCGAUACUUCUUCAUCCGAAGUCCAAAGGCUACCUCGAGCUUAGGGAUAACGAUCCAUUUUCACAUCCAAAAUUAUACGGUAAUUAUUUCACCGAUCCACAAGAUAUGGAAACAAUGAAAGAGGCUAUUAAAUAUGUAAUUAAGUUGGGAGAGUCAGAGCCAUUUAAAAAAUACGGUGCCCAGCUAUAUCUGCCACCAUAUCCUAAUUGCCAACACCAUGGUCCUGGUUCUGAUUUAUAUUGGGAGUGCGCUAUUAGAACAAUGGUAGUGUCCCUACACCAUCACGUAGGUGCAUGUAAAAUGGGACCUCCUAACGACCCUGAAGCUAUCGUUGAUCCCGAAUUAAGAGUAUAUGGAGUGGACGGACUGAGAGUUGUAGACUUGAGUGUUUUGCCCCACACAAUUAGUGGGCAUAUGACUGCUCCGGCAUUAAUGAUUGGUGAAAAGGCUGCGGAUAUGAUUAAAAAGAUUUGGUCAAAUGUGGUCGUGUGAUACUAGUUAGGUUUACU